AGAGAGAGAGAGAGAGAGAGAGAUGGCUUCUUGUGGUGUCUUCAAAAGUAGCUUCCUUCCAUCUCUACACAUUCAAGAUGGGUACUCUUCUUCCAGCCUUUUAGCUGCUGCCAAACCCAUUCUUCCCAGUAACAAGCGAAAGUUUACUGGGGUCGUAGCUGCUCAGGACAACAAAGCCAGCAAAGAAAACGAUGUCCCAGUCAAGAGAGACGACUCAACAAAAAUCAAUGGACAGGCCACAAGAACGCUGAAUUUUUCAGGAGAGAAGCCAUUUACUCCAAUCUUGGAUACCAUUAACCAUCCAAUUCACAUGAAUAAUCUUUCCGUCGAGGAGCUUGAGAAGUUGGCAGAUGAACUCCGGGAAGAAAUUGUCUAUACCGUCUCUAAGACCGGCGGCCACCUGAGCGCUAGCCUUGGAGUGGCUGAGCUAACUGUCGCACUUCACCAUGUAUUCAACACACCAGAAGACAAGAUCAUUUGGGACGUUGGGCACCAGACAUACCCACAUAAGAUUUUGACGGGUAGGAGGUCGAGAAUGCAUACAAUUCGACAAACUUGUGGUCUAUCAGGCUUCCCCAAGAGGGAUGAGAGUAUACAUGAUGCGUUUGGUGCCGGCCACAGUUCUACCAGCAUCUCUGCUGGCUUAGGGAUGGCUGUUGGAAGAGACUUGUUACGGAAGAACAAUCACGUAAUUUCUGUAAUAGGCGAUGGAGCCAUGACCGCCGGGCAGGCAUACGAAGCAAUGAACAAUGCAGGCUAUCUCGAUUCGAAUCUUAUCAUCAUCUUAAAUGACAACAAACAAGUCUCAUUGCCAACCGCCACUGUCGAUGGCCCAGCUCCUCCAGUCGGAGCUCUAAGCAGAGCCCUAACAAGGUUGCACUCAAGCCGAAAGUUUCGUCAACUUCGUGAAGCGGCAAAAGGUGUGACCAAACAAAUUGGAAGCCAAGCACACGAAAUCGCGGCCAAAGUUGACACGUACGUGAGAGGGAUGGCUGCUGGCCAUGGGGCUUCACUGUUUGAAGAGUUAGGUCUAUACUAUAUUGGUCCAGUGGAUGGUCACAAUGUAGAAGACCUUGUGUAUAUUUUGAAGAAGGUGAAGGCCAUGCCAGCCCCUGGACCUGUUCUCCUCCACAUUAUUACAGAGAAAGGAAGAGGCUAUCCUCCGGCCGAAGCUGCAGCUGAUAAAAUGCAUGGGGUGGUGAAAUUCGAUCCCAGGACGGGAAAACAAAUGAAGACCAAAUCGAAGACACUUUCGUACACCCAAUACUUUGCUGAGUCUUUAAUUGCUGAAGCUGAGAGAGAUGACAAGAUAGUGGCAGUCCAUGCUGCAAUGGGAGGAGGUACAGGACUCAACGCAUUCCAGAAACGCUUCCCCGACCGGUGUUUCGACGUCGGGAUUGCCGAGCAACAUGCCGUCACCUUUUCUGCUGGUCUUGCCACUGAAGGGAUCAAGCCCUUUUGUACCAUUUACUCAUCUUUUCUGCAGCGAGGUUAUGAUCAGGUGGUUCACGAUGUUGAUCUUCAAAAGAUUCCGGUGAGAUUCGCGAUGGACCGGGCCGGGCUAGUUGGUGCAGAUGGACCAACCCAUUGUGGGGCAUUUGACACUACUUACAUGGCCUGUUUGCCUAACAUGGUGGUUAUGGCCCCUUCUUGUGAAAGCGAGCUUAUGCACAUGGUUGCCACAGCCGCAGCCAUUGAUGAUCGGCCUAGUUGCUUUAGGUACCCUAGAGGAAAUGGCAUUGGUUCACUUCUUCCUCCAAACAACAAGGGAAUCCCUCUAGAGGUUGGAAGGGGAAGGGUGCUGAGAGAAGGAAGUAGAGUGGCGAUUUUAGGGUAUGGAACAAUAGUACAGAACUGUCUAGCAUCAGCACAACUUCUUCAAGUGCUUGGAAUUUCAGCAACUGUGGUGGAUGCAAGAUUCUGCAAACCUCUUGAUGGACCUCUAAUUAGAAGGUUAGCUCAAGAACAUGAGGUCCUUAUCACUGUUGAAGAAGGAUCUAUAGGUGGAUUUGGCUCCCAUGUUUCCCAUUUCUUGGGCUUGAAUGGAUUGCUUGAUGGAAACCUUAAGUGGAGGGCUAUGAUGCUACCUGACAGAUACAUAGAUCAUGGAGCUCAAAAGGAUCAGCUUGAAGAGGCUGGGCUAACUCCAAAACAUAUUGCAGCCACUGUUUUGUCGCUAAUUGGAGAAAACAAGGACAGCCUUCACCUUGUUAACCUGUAAUAAUGGAGUUCUUUCCCAAUACUAGAGCUGUAGAAAUUGUAACCCUCCACAGCAAUGCAAGGCCAAAUCUAAAAGCAAUACUUCCUUUCUCCUCUUGUAAAUAGCUAAGGGGGUUCACUAAGGAGUUCUUGUUGAGAGUUUGACUAUGAUAUUGAAAAUAUAUUUUUUAGUAUCAUACUUUUUUCAUCGUAUAAUCCUGAUA